UUCACAGAACGUGGAAAAUGUUUUGAGAGAACAAACGUGCGUUGUUCGCACUCCCAAUCGUAUUGACUGGGCGGGGAGCAGCCGCCUCCCCAAACGAAACCUUCCCUACCAGUAGGCUCUACUUUUCGUAAUCGGUACGGAAAAUGCUUCAGCAAAGCAUCAUUGUUUUUCUAGGAGUUCUGCUCGUUCUAUACCUUCCUCGUCAUUUAACAGCAGCAAUAAUGGCCUUCUUGUUCGGGCUUGCUAUUGAUGUGGAAGCGUUCACAUGGUCAAGACUAUUGGAAAGAGAAAUAGUGCCAGGUGUUGUCGCUUGUCUUCUUGCCCUGGGAACUUGGCUCACUUUGAGUGCGGUGAGACGGAAAUGGAAGCUGGACAGCCGCGUGAAGAGCUGCGCUGUUCUUCUAGGAGAUGACAAAGUCGCUGUUCUCGAACAGAAGCUGCCAGUGUCUUGCUCUGACUCCUGGAGUAUGGCUGGUGUAUCGAAUGGGCUGACUGUAUGGUCUAGCCAGGAUGAUAUGCUGCUAGUGGAUGGAGAGAUCUAUGCUAUGGCCACUUGUGUCCAUUCACCAGCCAAGGCCAUCUUGUCAUACCUACGUCGUACCGAUAUUGAGGUAGUGGAUGGGAAUGGCAUAUUUAAGUGUCACCUUGUCGAUGAGAGUGAUGACCUUGGUGAAUCCGGCUGUGACCGCGUCACUUGUGACCUGUGCCAGCGAGGCUGGUUUGCUCAAGCCUUGGGAUAUGUUGCUAAGACUCGCCAGUUUGUCCUUGACAGGCAUUGGUAUGACGGAGAUGAUGCUAAUUCUACUCCCUCUGGGCCUUUAUGGCUGAUGUGUCAAGUCGAUCAUCAAGUCCCUACAACCAGCUUCAUUUGGAAGACAUUCUUCUUACAGCCUCUUUCUCGAGAUGUAACAUUGCUCACACUCGUCGUUGCACCAUCCAGCAAUAAGCCUGAUCCAGGCCAGGUAGAUGGCUGGUCGGCGGAGAUUUGUAGGUUGCGCGACCACUCUGCAACCUCGUUUUCCGUGCGUAGUAGUUCUGGCCAGGGGAGCCCCACUAGUGAAGAAGUGCACUCAGGACAGCAACAUAGCGUUCAGCAGAGUGGUGGUGGUGGUGGUGGUGUCGGUGACAUGCCGGUUCAGACUGCAGCAUCUGAAGAUGACCAGAAGCACACCCACGAUAAGCUACCUGUUCAAGCUGCACACGGAUCUGCUAAGCAAAGUGAAGAUGAUGCUGCUGCUGGUUCCGCUGCUACCAACCAGAAUGGUGCUAGUGAUGAUGAUAGUAGUGAUGAUGAUGCUAGUGAGCAGGACAACAAAGCAAAGUCUGCUGCGGAUAUUCUACGAGAUUGCACAAAUGAACAGCGCGGCCAUUUAGCUGUAUUGGAAUCGGCAUACGACAGCCUGUGGCAGUGCUCUCAGGCUAAGCCUGGCCAAGAUGGCUGGCAGAAAGUCACUCUAUCCAAAGGGGUAACUGUCAUGAAGAAAGUCUCAGCAGGCAAGCAAACAUCCUCAUUGAGCUGUGUGAAAGGCUCAGCUGUUAUUCGAGCUCCCAUUCCACUCCUCUUGGACUGGAUGACGAGCGACGACAAAGUCAAGCAGUGGGACGAGUUCUUUUCUGAAGGUAAACUUGUGGAGGACAUUGGCGGUGUGGCUAAGGUUGAGAAUCUCAUCUACAAAGGUGUGUGGCCAACAACACCACGGGAUUUCUGUGUGGUAUCAGGAGUGAAGACACUUGACAAUGGCGUUGUCCUUGCUUGCAGCAAGUCAGUGACGCAUCCACGAUGCGUGCCAACGUCCUCUCAUGUCAGGGCUGAAUGUCUUGAUGGUGGCUUUGCCAUUUGUCCCAUAGCUGGCACUGAAGGCAGCUAUACUGUCACCUAUGUAACACGAGUUGAUUUGAAAGGCAAUAUACCAUCCAUGGUUGUGAAUCGUAUCAAUCAAGACUCGCCAAUGUCUGUUGCCGUUUUGCGAGAUAAAGUGCAACCGCUGCGCCUUGGUUUCCUCCGUAAUCUUCAAAAGAAGAAGGCCGAGGAGGCUCGCGUUAAGGCUGAGCGCAAACAACUUCGACGAAGCAAGCGCCGCCAGACCGCAUCGUUGGCCUGCAAUGGAGACGCCGGUAGUGGAGCCAGUGUUUCCAGCAUGUCAACACAGUCUGCGGCAACUACCACAGCUACUGCCGGUGUCGUUAAUAUCGACUCUGGCGUGCGUGGCAAUGUUGCUGCUGCUGCUCCUCUUGCUGCUGCUGCUGCUGCUGCUGCUACUGCUGUUGAAGUUGUUGGUAAUGGGAGCAGUGAUGAGAGUGUUAGUGCCAGUAGAGCUACCGGUACUCCGAGUGCUACAGUAUCCACUCCCAACCCACCUGCAGCCGAGCUAAUACCAUUAAAGACUAUCGCAAACCAAGCGGCGGCCUCCCUGCUGGCCGAGGUGGUGUUGACAUCAGACAUGGAUGCAGAAAGUGAUUUCAGAUCGGCUGUGCAUAAUGGUUGGAGAUUUGAUAGUAUGGAGAAGCAUGUGAGUAUCUUCCGCAAACAACACUCUGUGCCGAAGGAAUGCAUAUUCAUGGGCAGAGGGUUGAUCAAGUAUCCUGUCAGCACAGUGUGGCAAGCUGUGAGAAAUACACAAACCAGACUAGCGUGCGACUACUUAGUUACGGAGAUGAAAACAGUGGCCUGUAUUGAUGAGCAUACAAAUAUUGUCUCAAUCGCUCUGGACAAGGAGAAGUGCAUGUCAAAGGUACCGAUGGAUCUCUGCUGUGUGGUUACUGAAAGAACAGAUAAUAAAUACCAUGCUCUUGUGAGCCAAUCGGUUGACUUCAAAAAGUGCCCGGUCAGACAGGGUUUCGAGCGCGCGCAGCUGAGUUCAAGUGGCUGGUGUCUCCAAGCCCAUGUUGAUGUGUCAAGUGGAGUUCCAAUCCAAGCUACCAUGGUGACAUACAUCUGUCAGCUCAACCUGAAGUCCCAAGUCUCCAGUGACCUGCUAGCAUACCUAUGCCGCCGCCAAACCCUGGCCGUUUCCAAGCUUGGCCAGCACUGUGCCUCACUUUCCUAGCCGCAGCGUUCGUUGUCUUCACUCAAAGGCCGUGAGUUUUCUGCUUCUGUUUGCAUCUACUGAAGUAGCUCGUUGUUCAUCUACUGAAGUAGCUCGUUGAGCCUUCCCAACACGCUGUAGCAUAGUGUAUGAUGCAUGUUACUAUCACUUUUUUAAAGUUAUUUUUACAUAAUAGUUUGUAGGGCCUUUGCAUCUGGGAAUUUUCUAGUCCUCUCUAUCAUUCACACGCUGGCGUUUCUCCUUGAGAUUCUGUACAUAUGUUCUCUCAGUGUCCAAGGAAGAAUGCUCUGUCUUCUUCUUUUUUUUAAUGAAAACAUUUCUGUCAUAGGUUUUGCACUCUCCCAUCCUUUGUUUUCAAUUUUUUUAUUGUGCGUGUUCAUGCUUGCGUGUGCCCGUGGUGAGUGUAUGUGUGUGUGUGUAUGGACAUGUGCAGAACCGAGGUGCACUGUUGCAAGUCUAGUUUUCUUGUUUUGGACCUACCCCUAGCCGUAGUAGCAUUGACUUUUAUUAUUUUAUUAUGUGUCCGGUGAGUGUCAGCGUCACCCAUGUAUUGCCUGAUUGUCUUGCACUCUCAAGCGGCCUGGUGUAGCCACCUAUUUUUUAUUAGAACGUGUGUGUGUGUGUGUGUGUUGUGUGUGUGUGUGUACACGCACACAUGCAUGCAUGCGCAAUUCUGGGUAUGUGUGUGUGCACAUGUGUAUCUAUGUGCGUGUGUGCAUGUGUGUUCAGGUGUGUGUCCAUGUUUCUGUAUGUAUGUUCGUGUGUGUGGCUCCGUCAAUGUUCUCUAGCUGUAUCAUACAAUAACUUUCUAAUAACUUUUGACAGUAAAUAAUAAUUUCUUGCUGCUCUGAGCUCCUCUAGAGUUGGAAGUCUCUACCUUUUUUGUUUGUUUUUGUUUUAGAAACUGAAGGAGCAUCAAAUGACUUGCAUUCUGAUUUUUAUUUAUCACGGAAAUGGUUAGGAGUAUUUUCUCGUGUGGUUCAUCAGGGAUGUCUGUCACAUAUUGAUCAGCUAAUUCAAGAAGAAAUGAGUUCUAUUGCAUCAACAAGUCUUAUUUUCAUUCUACUCUUGUUGACAUGCUUGGCUGGUUGUCAGCAAGUGGGAUUCAUAGAACUAUGAAUUUAUCGGAACCGGUUUCACGAUUGUGA